AUGCUCAGUGCUCGUGUCAGACCAUCGAACGCCUCCGAACCAAGUAAACAAACACCCAAAUGCGUCAUCGCAGCCUACGCCUCCGUAAAUGCGAUCAGUGACGAUACUAGCGGGCCUCUGCCCCGCUAUAUAAACGCCAGCGAGCAUUGUUCGCGCAUAGCGCAGCAUGCAGUCUCCGGUAGCACUUUUAUGUCUCCUUGGACUUACUGUUUUAGCGGCUUCCCUUCAGCCGCAAAACCCAGCACACCUCGAUCAGCUGGUGGACGAAGUGAACACCGCGACGGUGGACGAGGAGGAGGAAUCCCAGCUGCACGGAGACGAGGUCCUGACACCAGCGCGUAUUUCGCUGAGGCCACUAGGACGCUUCGCCGGUCGCGCCAUUAGAGCCGGUGCGCGAGCGGUCGGACGGGUAGCAAGGAAGGUCUGGUCGGGUGCCAAGAGGGUCGGCAGAGCCGUGUGGCGCCAAGUCAGCAUCCCCCUGCAGUGGCCCAAGAAAAAGGACAAGAAGAAGAGAUAA